CAUAACCAAAAUACAAAAAUGGAUUAGAAAGUGGGCCAAGAAGUGAAAAUUAAGGCCCAAACAAGCCCACAAUUGAAAGAGAAACAGAGAGAGUGAAACAUUGUCGAAGGUUGUAGUGUUUGUUGUGUCUCGCAGGUAACAACAGUAUCAGAGAGAGAUCAGAGAUUGAACAAGAUGAACACAGACAUCACUGCAUCCACCAAGCCAGAGUACCCCGUCAUUGAUCGCAACCCUCCCUUCACCAACGUCGUCGGCAACUUCAACACCCUCGACUAUCUCCGCUUCGUCACCAUCACCGGCGUUUCCGUCACCGUCGGCUACCUCUCCGGGAUUAAGCCUGGAAUUCGAGGACCUUCCAUGGUGACUGGAGGUUUGAUUGGACUCAUGGGUGGAUUCAUGUACGCUUACCAGAACUCAGCUGGUAGACUCAUGGGUUUCUUCCCCAACGAUGAUGAGGUAGCUCGCUUUAACAAGAAAUGAUCAAUUUUUUGGAGUUUUCAGCUCCUGGGGUGUUGUUUUUAGGGUUCCCUGAAAUGGAAAAUCCCUCUGUUAUAGGUGUUUUUGAAUAACCAAUGUUCCCUUGAGGUUCUAGUUCUUGUGAUUGUUGUUGUUAGUAGAUUUCUGUGUUUUGUUUGUUCUACCUCCAUUUUUCAGUUAUACCAAGAUAAAGCUUUAGGCCAACAGUGGUCUUAUGAAUACAAUUUGUCAUUCUCUAUGAAUUCUAUGCUGUAUGACUCUUAUGAGCAAUGGAACUAAUUCUGUGCUUGGCCACUA